AGAUCAGCUCCACUACAGCACUGGCACAUUUGUACUUUACCUUUUCUACACCGCCAUGUAUGUUGCACGAAAAGCUGUUAGUGUACAUGGUAGUAGUGGUGGUGGGGGUAGAAUGCAGGUGUCGACAAUAAGACCCUUAGCGGCUGCAGGUGGUGGGCAUUUCAGCGCUGGAAGAGCUGGUGCUGGGUUUGGUGGAUUUGCAUCAGGAGGUGGCUCCAACUUUUCCUUUAGCCAAAGUGGUGGUUCUAACUUUGGUGGUGGUGGUGGAGGCUUUGGUUCCUCCUUUGGUGUAAGCAGUGGUUGCGAUGAUGGAUUUCUUGUUGGAAAUGAGAAGAUAACCAUGCAAAACCUGAAUGAUCGCCUGGCUACAUAUUUACAAAAUGUGCGCAGUCUGGACGAUGCAAACCGUGAUCUUGAGCUGAAGAUCAGAGACUGGCAUAGUCAGCAGAUAGGAGGAGAUGGGGGACACCCUGGUCGUGACUACAGCCCUUUCGAAAAGGAGAUCAUAGAUCUUCAAAAUAAGGUCAUAAGUGCAAAAAUGGAGAAUGCACAUUACAUUCUGGAAAUUGACAAUGCCAAGCUUGCUGCCGACGAUUUCAGAAUGAAGUAUGAAAAUGAAUUCACUAUGCGUAAUGGAGUAGAAGCUGACAUUCUUGGACUUAAGAAAGUCUUGGAUGAGAUGACACUUAACAAAGCAGACCUGGAGAUGCAGAUUGAAAGCAUCAGGGAAGAACUUGAGUAUAUCAAGAAGAGCCACGAAGAGGACAUGAAAUCUGCCAGCAGUGGAAUCAGUGGCCAGGUAAAUGUAGAACUCGAUGCUCCCCCCCAAAUUAACCUCCAAGAUGAAAUGGAUGCAUGCAGACAACAGUACAAUGCAAUGAUGGAGCAAAUCCGGCGAGAUGCUGAGAAAUGGUACAAUGAAAAGGCUAAUGAAUUGAACAAGUCGGUUUCCAGCGAUACAGCAGCUAUGUCAUCAUUUAAGAGUGAGAUCUCUGAUUUGAAUCGUAUUUUGCAAGGUCUGCAAAUUGAGCUUCAGUCUCAGAUGGGGAGAAAAGCUACCUUGGAGAGAGCAUUGGCUGAUACGGAAAGUCAAUAUGGAUUGAGGAUUCAGGAUAUACAGCUGAAGAUCAAUUGCUUGGAGGAUCAGCUUAGUGGCCUCCGAUUACAGAUUGAACAACAGAAUCAAGACUACCAGAUGCUUCUGAACAUUAAAAGCCGACUAGAACAAGAGAUUGACACCUAUCGUAGACUGCUAGAGGGAGAAGAUUCAAGGCACAAGUCUUCUCAAGGAUCUGGAUCAGGCUCCGGCUUUGGUUCUUCUUCACAUGGAUCCAGCUCUGGCUUAUCUUCUUCCUCCUCCAAAUCUACAACUAUAAAAUCCACAGUACCUGCACAUCCUGAGCCACAACCAACCAAAGAACCAAAAGUAACAAGAAUAACAAGAACUAUUACUGAAACAGUGGUAGAUGGUAAAGUCCAGUCAACGGAAGUUGAAGAAAAAAAGGUGGACGUUUCCAAAUAGACCUGCUAUUAAUGCCAAGCAGAGAGGAAACUUCAUCUGACAAGAUGAAUAAGAAAACAACAAACUAACCUUGGCUUUAAAUUUGUUGUCUUUUAUAGAGAUUUCUUUUUUUUUAAUCAACUGUUUGCAUUCAUAGACGCACUGAUAAUAAUAAUAAUCAUCACACAAUUUAAGACAAGACUUUUCUUUUUAAUAUACAUAUAUUAAGUUGGAAAACUGCCUUUUUAUAAAGAAUACAUGUUGUUGUUGUUUGUCUUUUCGGCUUUUCCCGGUUAGGGGUUGCCACAGCGGAACUCCGGUCCGCUAAUGAUUGGCAGUAGAUUUUUUAUGGUGCCGAGUUGCCAGCCUGACACUUUAUAAAGCAUACAUGUCACCUGUUUAUUCAUCAGUAGCAGAUAAAUGAAAAAACAUGUACACUGUGGGAUAUCUCUUCUGCCUGCUUGAAUCUACUAGAGCAAUAUACCUGUAGGAGGUGUAAUGUAGCAGCCAUUACAUCGGCAUACCCAUAAAAGUUAGAAUCUAGCUAAUGACCAUUAAGUAGUAUUUCUACUGCAUUUGGAAGACCAGAUUUCAAAAAUCAUUAGGUAAGCUGAAUAUUUAUUCAAAAACUGAUUUAUUUCUCAAAACUUGUCAGUUAUAUCCUAUCUAACUGUUUAGGCUUGGCAAAAAGUCAUAAUCAGCCAUCAAGAACCAAUGCAAUGAAUAUGAUUUCAGUGCUACAAGCAGGCUUUUAUAACUUGAGCAGACCUGCGUGUAUCAGAAAGUUAUGAAUUGUCAAAUGUAAAGCAUUAAUCAGGAAUCUGCAUUUAACAAUAAAGAAGUGGAUUUCUCUCAGUUCUUGUUUCACUGGAAUAUUAAGAAAUGAGAGUGUUUACCAGGCAUUCUUCCUGUAAUCUAGCAAUGUUUCUUAAAAUAAAGGAAAGAGGUUUUUACAAUUAAUUUUUGUUGCUUUGUAUGUAUUCCUAAAUGUCAUUGUAAUAUUAGAGUCUCUUGACUUUCAACAAUGUUACUUUCUUUUGCCAAAUAAAUGUUUGUUUUGUGCUGAA